AUGCCCUUUGGUUUGAAAAAUGCUGGAGCCACCUACCAACGCCUCAUGGAUAAAAUAUUUUCAAGACAAGUUGGAAGAAAUAUGGAAGUGUACGUAGAUGACAUGAUUGUUAAGUCGCCCAAGUCAAAGGAUCAUGGCGACGAUCUUAAGGAAGCCUUUGCUCAGCUAAGAAAAUAUCAAAUGAAGCUAAAUCCUGAGAAAUGUUCGUUUGGGAUUCAAGGGGGAAAGUUUUUGGGCUUUAUGAUAACAUCAAGAGGGAUUGAGGUAAACCCAGAUAAAGGCAAGGCGAUCUUAGAAAUGAAAAGUCCAACAAGCGUCAAGGAAGUGCAGCGAUUAACAGGACGCAUGGCGGCUUUAGCACGUUUUUUGCCAAUGGCGGGCGACAAAGCGGCUCCUUUCUUCAAUUGUUUAAAAAAGAAUUCCAAGUUCCAGUGGACGGAGGAAUGCGAGCAAGCUUUUUCCAAGUUGAAAGAAACAUUAGCAACGUUGCCAGUACUAUCCAAACCUACGCCAGGCGUUCCUUUGAUGCUUUACCUGGCUGUCACGGAUAGGGCGGUCAGCACGGUGUUGCUUCAGGAGGAAGGAAAGCAACAGAAGAUUAUAUAUUUUGUGAGUCACACCCUGCAAGGCGCUAAGGAGGAAGGAAAGCAACAGAAGAUUAUAUAUUUUGUGAGUCACACCCUGCAAGGCGCUGAGUUGCGGUAUCAGAAAAUUGAGAAGGCGGCCUUGGCAAUUUUAAAGACAGCAAGGCGCCUUAGGCCAUAUUUUCAGAGUUUCUCAAUUAAAGUUAAAACUGAUGUCCCUUUAAGACAAGUACUCCAAAAGCCUGACUUGUCUGGGCGGUUAGUCAGCUGGUCAGUCGAGUUUUCUGAGUACGAUAUACAAUACGAACCAAGAGGGCAAGUUACAAUCCAAAGCUUGAUUGACUUCGUGGUGGAAUUAACACCCACGGAGGGCGAGAAAAAGCAGGGCGAGUGGAUCCUGUCUGUUGAUGGAUCCUCAAACAACACCGAAAGUGGAGCUGGAAUCACUAUUGAAAGCCCAGAUAAGAUGGUCAUUGAGCAAUCUUUGAAAUUCGAAUUCAAGGCAAGAAACAACCAAUCAGAGUAUGAGGCUCUGAUCGCCGGACUAAGGCUAGCCAUCGAGUUAGGAGUUCAAAAAUUGUUCAUCAAAGGCGACUCACAGCUAGUUGUUAAACAAGUAAAUGGUGAGUAUCAAGUCAAGGACCCGCAACUUUCAAAAUACUUGGAGGUGGUGCGGAGACUAAUGAUGGAGAUAGGGAAGAUCAGAAUAGAGCACGUUCCCAGAAGUCAAAACGAAAGGGCUGAUGUGCUAGCAAAGUUGGCUAGCACGGAGCUAUUGGGCAAUUACCAAACAGUUAUUCAAGAAACUCUCCCUCGCCCCAGUAUUGAUCUAGUGGAAGUGAAAUUCAAAGCAGUAAAGUCAAUAAUUGAGGGCGAGCCUUCAUGGAUGGAGUCAAUCAAGAUUUUUCUACAGAGCCCUCCACAGGAUGACGAUCUGAACACGAGAGCAAAACGCAGAGAGGCCAGUUUUUACACGCUAGUGGAUGGGGAGUUGUAUCGGCGGGGAAUCAUGUCUCCUAUGCUCAAAUGUGUUGACAUCAAGGACGCCCAUGGAAUAAUGGCGGAAGUCCAUGAAGAGACUUGGUCUUCUGAAGAAGCAGGUCAGAAGCCGCCAAGUCAGUAG